CAGCAGCAGCAGCUAACUUAUCGAAUUCAUUACAUAUUUGUUGUUCAUAGGUUGCAGAAUCCAGCAGCUCGUAUUUCCCUCAAGUCAAUGGUUCGAACAGCAUCACCAUUCCCGUCGACAUGCCUGUCGACUCGGAUAUGGAAGACAGUAUCAGCAGCCAUCACGAACCCGCCUCGCCACUCUCCAUGUCGUCGCCAUUCGCUGGAUCGCUCGACGCGACAGGAGCAUUCCUCAGUCAUUCGUUACCGAACUAUCACCACCCACACCAACAACAACAACAACAGCACCCUCACCAUCACCAAAUACCAGUGCACGGUCAGAAUGGCGGCAAUGCGGGCAUGCUUCCACAGCACUUGAAUUCCAUGUCAACGACGACUGCCACGCAGGCGCGGCCUUCGUCUCUCUAUAUGAAUCGUACUUCAGCGACUACACCGACUGCAACAGAUACGGGAGCAACACCACCGUCAUCAUUUAGUCCGCGUCUUAGCGUGCCACAGGUCAAUAACCCGGGCGCGAUGAGCUUUGAGGAAUUACUUUCCAUGUACUACGCCGGAGGAGCAGGAGCAGGAGGAGGUGGCAGUCCAGCAGUGGACACACCACCUGCCACAAGUGCAUCGUUUGACGGAAACAUGCUAUCAUCACUGAUGGCCAGCCAGGGCGCUGACGGCUCUUUGUCACACAUUGAUCCGAGCCAGCUUGUUUCUGGGAACGACAGUGCCACGAGCAGUAGUAGCAGUGGGCCAUUCGGAAUAGCUUCAGGUGAGCUUUAUUUACUUUGAUCUGUUUCAUAGCGAUGGGCGAUGAGUGCGUGCGUAUGAUAAUAAAUUACUUAUAAAAACAACAACAACAACAACAAAACGAUGUUUAUACGUAGCGCCACAUCCAUUACAAUCUCCACCUGCAUUAUUGCCACAGACACCACCAGCAUCUUCCAGCGAUGUUCCGCAAACGCCCAUCAAAUCAGGUUCGCCCAAAUUUGCGAUCGCUUCCAAACCGUCGAGUGCGGGUAAGAGAUCAGACGAUGCUUCCAAAAAGGAAGGUGCACCUACAAGAUGCACCAAUUGUAGCACU